ACCCACCCCAAUCCUAUCUAGCCCCAACCUACACAUCUCUCACCAGCGACUAUAAACUACAUCCUAAAACCCUUCACUACCACCACAAUCCACGUCCAUUCACAAUGCCUUCCCAACGUUUAACCUUCCAAUCAAUAUCCAACUUCUCCUUCUCCUCCAACAUCAACGGCCAACAGCGCUGCUACAGCGAGCAAAUCUACAGUGAUCCAUCGGGCACAAAAGUUCGCAGGACGAGCCAAGAGCCUGGGCAAGCUCCGAAAGAGGAACGCUUUGAGUAUGAUAGUGCGGGUCGGAAAAUUGAGGAGGUAGAGACGAAGGGCAGGAUUGAGGAUGUGACAGAUAAGGAGAAGACUACAGAGGGGGAGAAGGAUAGAGAAUAUGAGAAGAAGGUUGGAGAUGAUGCUAAGAGGGAGAGAGGUGCUUAGAGCAUGGCUUGAGAGUAGUUUUGGGAAGAUGUGAGGAGAGGGAAAUGAGAAUGCAUUGAUGGCACGUGAUGGAAAGAUGAGUUGCAAUAGCUGUAUAACAGCACUCCCAUAACUCCUAUUCUGGUAUCUCGGCAGACUACUUCACCUAAUUUCGUAGAGCGGAACAUAACAGGGGUGGCUUAGGACAGGAGCUCAAGGUCAGUUAGGGUAUAGCAAGAAGUUUAAUCAAUCAAGUCAUCUCUAUUUUA